ACAACUCCCAUCGCGCCGAGUGAACCCUGGACACGUGUCUCGGGGGCUGCAUUCCAACGGAUGUCAGAGCCGCUGCCCUUGUCCUACGUGACGGCCCAAGAGAUGCGCUGCCUCCUGCACUGGCUGUCUGGCUGGACUCCCGCCCAACGGGAGCGCUUCCUCCGAGACCUGGUGGACAAGGCUGUCCCUUGGAAGCUGCUUCCCCUGCUUGAGGGCCUGGCUGGACUCAACGUCGGGCCCGGAAAGCCGCCAUCCAUCUACGAGUGCCAGAUGCGCCUCUGGGACCAGUGGUUCCGGGGCUGGUCAGAGGCCGAACGCAACGAGUUUGUCCGGCAGCUGGAGGAGGAGAUGCCGGACCUGGCCGGACGCUUUUACCGAGAAGUGGCUGCCACCGCCGGACAGCUGUGAAGCGCAGGCCGCGGCUCUCCCUUCCGUCCCUAUAUUUUUAUGCCGACUUCUCUGGACGUCUUUGGUGCGCUGCCGUUAAACGGAGCCAACGGCCUUCUGUGGGCCACCCUGAAUAAUAUGAAUAAAACACUGUGUAGCCCA